UUACCAGGUUGUGAGAGCGUGUGGGUCCGUCCCACGUUCUCUUACUCAGUCUUCUUCUUCUUCUUCCUCUUCCCACCCAAAUUUCACCGUCUCGUUCUCUCCCACAUCACAACCAUGCCUUCCACCCUCUUCUCUCUCUUCUUCCUCCUUCUCCUCCCUUUCCCCACCUUCUCCCACCUCUUCUCUCCCCCCGACAACUACCUCAUCAACUGCGGUUCCGCCGCCCCCUCCACUCUCGUCGACCACCGCCCCUUCGCCGGCGAUCUUGUCGACCACCGCUCCCCCUUCCCCCGCGCCGUUUCACUCCGAAACAACAACCCCCUACCCGACUUACCCUCAAUCUACCACACCGCUAGGGUUUUCACAAGCCCCGCCAGGUACUCCUUCCCCGUCACCGACAAAGGCACCCACAUCGUGCGCCUCCACUUCCACCCCUUCAGCUCCUCCAACAUCGAUCUGGGUCGAGCUCAAUUUCAUGUCUUGGUCAACGGCCAUGUCGUUUUGAGCAACUUCACCCGUUUGGCCAGUGCUUCCAGAAACCCUAGGAUCGUGGAGUAUCUAAUAUGGGUCGAUGCGGAUAGCCUCGUGGUCGUGUUUGUGCCCAAUAAAGAUUCGAAAUUGGCGUUUGUGAACGCCAUUGAGGUGAUUUCUGCUCCCAAGGACCUUGUCCCUGAAACGGCACAGUAUCUGAGCCCAUCAAAAGUGGAGAAGUUUGAGGGUUUAAACAAACAGUCUCUUGAGGUUGUGUAUAGGGUCACUGUUGGGGGUGUUAAAGUUACCCCUUUUAACGAUUCCCUGUGGAGAACUUGGAUUCCCGAUGAUGGGUUUUUCAAAACGAGUGUUGGGUCUGAGAAGUAUUACUUUGGUGGUAGGAUCAAGUACCGUGCUGGUGGGGCUAGUCGUGAGGUUGGGCCUGAUAAUGUGUACAACAGUGCUAGGUUGAUCAGGAGUAAGAAUGAUUCUGUUCCUAAUGUUAAUAUGACAUGGGUGUUUCCUGUUGUUGGAGGGUACAAGUACUUGAUUCGGUUGCAUUUCUGUGAUAUUGCUAGCAUUUCGCUUGGUUUGCUUUAUUUCAAUGUGUAUGUGAAUGGGUAUGUGGCUUAUGAAGAUUUGGAUCUCUCCUAUAUUACAAACUCGCUGGCUUCACCGUUUUACGCUGACUUUGUGGUUGAUGGGGGAGAUGGGGCUCUGAGUGUUGGUGUUGGUCCCUCGCAGAGAAGCAUGGCGCAUGUCAUUGAUGGUAUACUGAAUGCAGUUGAGGUAAUGAAAUUGAACAAUUCUGUGAGUAGUCUUGAUGGAGAGGUUUGUGCUGAUUUUGUUAUGAAGAGGUGGUCGACGGGGAAUAAUACAGGUAUGUUGUUUACUCUGGUGGCUGCUGUUUGCAUUGUGUUGAGCUUGUCCAUAGUGAUUCGUAGGAAGUUGCUUGGAUCAAGGGAAUCUGUGUCGUGGUCGAGGUUGGCUUCGAAUUCAUCGGAUGAUAGUGUUAAGAGUUAGUUAUAUCAGAAGAUAAGAUUGGCAAUAUUUAGUCAGAAAGUGGACAAGUUGUGUGUAAAAUUUGUGGGCAAAUCUAGCCAUAAUAGGUAGCUUUUCUCGAGAAAAGAAUUAUUGUAAGUCUGACUUAUACAGAGUUUUUAGGGAUUGUUGUAUUAUAUCUGUCUUGUCUUAAUUGUUUAUAUCAUAAUAUGAAGGCAUUCCUUUUGCCACUUUGUUUUCUGUUA